CGCCAGCGCUGCGAGGCCCGCGGGGCAAAGACGGAUUAUGUCUGAGCAGUAGAUAAACAGAUUAUUCCCGAAAGGGUGCCUACUUUUUUAACCUCGUCACUCUUGCCACACUUACAGCUCCUGCUGUCCCACAGUUCUCCCUGGGGAGGAGGGACGCCGUCCUCCAUCAGAUGCACAUCCUGGGCUUCAUUACGAGGGUUUCAGCAGCAGCAGCAGCAGCUCAGGGCCUCAAAUCAUCCACCGUCUCCAUGCAAAGUUGAACUCAACCUGCACUCGAUCUGACUGCACCCAUGAGCUCCACCUGAGUGAGAGGACGCCACCGACCCCCUCCCUCCCACCUCCCCUCACCUUGCCGGAUUCCUUGUGACUGUAAUAUUUUGGGAACUCUUCUUCCACAAUGCUGUGGGCAUUGGGACUCGUGCUGCUGUUUGUCCUCACUCCACAAGCUGCUGGACUUAAAGAGAGCGGCCUCAGACUGGGUCCGGGGCUGCAAACGGACGCCGUUGGUUCGGGGCGCCUGGUGGACCUGCUGAAGAUGUCCACACAGAGCGAAGGUUCGGGGUUCGAAGUGAGCUCACGUCGGUCAAAGAGGUCGGUGUUUCUGCACUCUGGAGUGAGAAUCUGCCCCCAGGAGACCCUCAGUGAAGUGCUGGCCAGCCACCAGGCGUACUACCAGCUCAGAGUUUGUCAGGAGGCCGUGUGGGAGGCGUUCAGGAUCUUCUUCGACAGGAUCCCUGGCACGGCAGAGUACCAGAAAUGGGUUCACACGUGUCAACAUGAGUCGCUAUGCAUCUCUGACCUCGCCAAAAACUUCAGCGGCUCCGAGGAGCACAUGAGCAUGAUUCACAGGAGGAUGAACCGGAGGACCGACGGAGGCGCUCCGACACGACGAGUGGUGACUCCUGCACCGAAUCAGAAGAUCCCAGAGUUAGCAGGUGCAAAGGUUGAGACUGUUGGUCCUCCGACGGCUCCUCCGACGGCCCCGCCGACGGCCCCGCCGACGGCCCCGAGCAACACCACAGUCCUCCUUAGCCCUGUGAGCACCUCUCCAAGCCCCGGCCUCGAUCACACCCAGCCAGCCGAGGAGGUCGAGGAGGAGUCCGAGCUUCCUAAUGUGGUCCCUGAGAGUCCAGUGGAGCAGAUCGUGGAGUUCAGUAUCGACCUGGUGGAUCCGGGUUACAGGGAGCUGCUGGACGAUCCGGACUCCCCUCAGUACAUCGACCUGGCUCAGCACCUGCAGGACCAGAUGCAGCAUGUUUUUGACAAACUUCCAGGAUUUAAAGCCAUCCAUGUGCUGGGAAUCAGGCCUGGCGGGAUCUCAGUGCACUACUCUCUGGUCUUUGAGAUUAAUUCACCUAAAAUCAACUCUGAGAAUUCAGAGACGCCGACCGGCAGCCCAGAGUCUUCGGUCGAGUCAGGGCUCAGGGAACUGGUGACCAAGGCUUUGCGUGAGGAAGCGUCACUGCCAAUCGAUCUGGACUCACUUAACUUUAAACCAGAAGUAAUCCUUCUACCAGCCCUGACAUCAACCUCUGCAGCAGAAAUUGUAGAUGAGCCCAGUGAGCCUGAUUCACACAACGACUUUGAGGUUUUCACUGAUGAGCCAGAAGUUGAUAAACCUCAGCUGGUGGUUCCCCUCACCCCCAUGGAGAAAGAAAAUGCCCUUGUGACUCUGCUGGAUCCCACAGCUGUCCCAGAUGAUGAGACGACAGCCAUGAUGGGUGGGAUGGCUGAGAGCAGCGAUCAUUCCCUGGUCUCAGAGGAUGUUUCUGAUGAGUCUGAGGCAAUUCAUGUGAGUGAGCCCGAGCCGUCAAAUGUAGGAGGGGAGGAAGAAGAAUUGCUUAUAAUUACUCAUGAGAUUAAAACCAUUCAUCACGAUGAAACUGGUGAACUUGUGAGGGACUACAUCCCGACCCCUCCUGUCAUUCCCAAGCUGGAGACAGAUGCUCCUUAUGUCAGUCUGUCUCCAAAUCUGAUAUCAGAGGAAGACCUCACUCCUGUUGAUGAGGACAGUGAAAAUCCUAGUUUGGAUGUUGUUACCCCCACCACGCACAUUUUAUUAACUACACCUCUUGCUGGAGGGGAGCUGUCUGAUUUGGAUCUCCCAAUCACAACACUUUCAGCAGUCACAGGCCAACCCCCCACUGAGCCAAUGGCAGAUGAAGAAGUUAACGCUCUUCCAGAUGAGGAAGAGGCCGAAUUGGGUGUUCCUGGUGACCUCAGUGAGGUUUCAGAAACAGAGAGACAUGAUGUUCCAGAGCUGGAAACUGGAGCUGAAUUGCUAGAACCAGAGGGGGAGUUAGACAUGGGAUCUGAUGAAGAACUGCUUGACGUUUUUCAGCCGACACCCGAACAAACUGAAGUUUCUGUCCCGGAGGGACAAGGGAUUUUAGAUUUUUCAGAACCUGAGCAGGACAUAACUGAAGUUUCAGAGUCUGAGGGAAAAAUACAUGAAGAAACCAAAGAUUCAGAACCAGAGGAAGGGUUGGUGGUAGAACAUCAAGAGGAGGUGACAGCUUCAGAGCCAAAAGAAACUGAGAAGGGGAAUGAUGAAGUUUUAGAAUCUGAGCCAAAAGAAUUCCAACCUGAGCCAGAUGAUAGAGUGGCUGAGAUUUUGGUUGAGCAAGGUGAGGAAGAGGGAGUGGAAGUUCUGCAACCAGGAAAGGAAACUGAAGUUACAGAAGGGGGAGAAGGUAUAUCUGAGGUCUCACGUCCAGGUCCAAAACCUAAGAAAGAUGAUGAUGAGUCAGAUCAAGUUCCAGAAACAGAGGAAGAGUCAGAAUUCGAUGGGGUUGUAGAUUUGGUUUCAGAAUGGGUGGAAGAGGUGCUUGAACCUGAGGGAUCAGAAAAAACAGCACCUGUUUCCAAGGAGGUACUACCUGAGGAUUCUGAGCUGAAAGAGGUGGCUGAGGAUGAAGAAGUUGAUGUUGUUGUAAAGCCUGUAGCGGACGAAGAGGUCUCCAAAUUUCCAGAAUCACAUGGAGAGAUGUUAGAAACAGAAUAUGAAGUGAUAAAGACAUUGGAAGCAGAAGAAGAAGAAGUUGUGCAAGUUCCAGCACCAGAUGAAGGUGUGGUUGACAUAUUGAAACCAGUGUCUGAACCUGAGUCAGCACCAGAACAGGAAGGGCGUUUUACUGAAGUGAUAGAAACAGGAGAUGAGGUAGUUGAGGUUAAAAGAUCAGAGGAGGAACCAGUGCAGGUUUCAGAACCAAGUGUUGAGGAGCUUGAUCCAGAGAAAGAGCCAAAAAUACCAGAUGUACCAAAACCAAAGGAGGAUGUGGCUGAGGAUGUAAAACCAGAGGAAGAAGUGGUUGUGUUUCCAGAACCGAACAAGGAUCUUGUGGAUAUUUCAGAAGCUCAACUCCCACCAGAAGCUGGAGAAGAUGCUUUUGAGGGAGAACAAGAGGAGGCAGUUGAGAAUCCAGAGGAAGCAUUGGAGCCAGGGAAAGGUGUAGAUCAUGUUAUACCACCUGCAGAAGAGUUACCUGGGGCUUCAGAGCCAGAAUCAGAAGAGGAACUAGUAGUUGAUGUCUCAGAACCAAAUCCACAGGAGGAGAUAGUUGAGAUUUUAGAACCAGAGCCUGGGAAAGAUGUUACUGAGCCACCAGCCAAAUCAACUAAAAUUCUGCCCCCCUUGGAUGGCAGGGACCGUCUUCACUUUGGAGAAGAUAUUGUUCAGGUUGAUGAGGACAAUGAGUUCCUUCAACCAAAGAAAGAGCCAGAAAUACCAGAUGUACCAAAACCAAAGGAGGAUGUGGCUGAGGAUGAAGAAGUGGUUGUGUUUCCAGAACCGGACAAGGAUCUUGUGGAUAUUUCAGAAGCUCAACUCCCACCAGAAGCUGGAGAAGAUGCAGAUGAUGCUUUUGAGGGAGAACAAGAGGAGGCAGUUGAGAAACCAGAGGAAGCAUUGGAGCCAGGGAAAGGUGUAGAUCAUGUUAUACCACCUGCAGAAGAGUUACCUGGGGCUUCAGAGCCAGAAUCAGAAGAGGAACUAGUAGUUGAUGUCUCAGAACCAAAUCCACAGGAGGAGAUAGUUGAGAUUUUAGAACCAGAGCCUGGGAAAGAUGUUACUGAGCCACCAGCCAAAUCAAUUAAAAUUCUGCCCCCCUUGGAUGGCAGGGACCGUCUUCACUUUGGAGAAGGUACUGUUCAGGUUGAUGAGGACAAUGAGUUCCUUCAACCAAAGAAAGAGCCAGAAAUACCAGAUGUACCAAAACCAAAGGAGGAUGUGGCUGAGGAUGUAAAACCAGAGGAAGAAGUGGUUGUGUUUCCAGAACCGAACAAGGAUCUUGUGGAUAUUUCAGAAGCUCAACUCCCACCAGAAGCUGGAGAAGAUGCUUUUGAGGGAGAACAAGAGGAGGCAGUUGAGAAUCCAGAGGAAGCAUUGGAGCCAGGGAAAGAUGUAGAUCAUGUUAUACCACCUGCAGAAGAGUUACCUGGGGCUUCAGAGCCAGAAUCAGAAGAGGAACUAGUAGUUGAUGUCUCAGAACCAAAUCCACAGGAGGAGAUAGUUGAGAUUUUAGAACCAGAGCCUGGGAAAGAUGUUACUGAGCCACCAGCCAAAUCAACUAAAAUUCUGCCCCCCUUGGAUGGCAGGGACCGUCUUCACUUUGGAGAAGAUACUGUUCAGGUUGAUGAGGACAAUGAGUUCCUUCAACCAGUCAGUGAGGAAGACAACUUGGGCAUCAUACCAAUUGACAUCCAGCCUUCUGAAGAACAUGUACGUGAACAUGAUCACAAAUAUCCCAUCAUCGAUGACUUUAACAUGGAGCAGGAUGUUGACAGGGUAGACACACAGGUGGAGAGCGACCCCGAUGCUACCACAACCACAGAAACAUCGAAGAGUGAUCUACAGUUUGAAACAUCCUCAGAUAUUGCAGACAAGCAAGACACAUCGGAGGGCAGUGAAGUCACAGGAGUCUCGCUGGACGAGAAGGAUUCGUUCCCAGAAGGAGACAUCGGUGUAACAGUAACACCAGUUUCUGACUCCUUCCUCACACCUCCAACAACUUCUGCGACAGUGUCUGAAGUGUCCUCACCCAGCCUGACUAUAGACUCUGGACUCUUUGAGGUAGCAGAGCAGUCUGUAAUCCCCUCUGCACCACAGUCCUCAGAGGACGAGAGUGCAGAGCCAGAGUCGGAGCAAAGUGAGCCAGCCGUCGUCGUUAUCGAUGAGGACUUGAUAGAGGCAGAGCAGAAAGGGGGUGAAAGGCAAACCAGCCCGACGGCGGCUGCUGAAGACGUCAUUGACGAAGCUGUAAAGGACCUUGCGGUGGAACUGGAUCAGACUGACAUACCAACCACAGAGGCCAGUGAGCUGCUGGAUGAGGGGAGUGGCUUCUCACCUGUGGAGGAGGUACACACAACCACCCCACCUCCAGGGAGAUACCUGACCACACCCUCCAUGACCACAGCCAGCCAGGGCAGGGAGCUCGUGGUGUUCUUCAGCCUGCGUGUCACCAACCUGAACUUCUCCGAGGACCUCUUCAACAAGACAUCUCUGGAGUACAGAUCGCUGGAGAACACCUUCUUAGACGUGCUGCUGCCGUUCCUGCAGGCCAACCUGACGGGCUUCAAAAAGCUGGAGAUUCUGAACUUCAGAAAGGGCAGCGUGGUCAUCAACAGCAAGAUGAAGUUCGCCAAGUCGGUGCCGUACAACAUCACCGAGGCCGUCCACUGCGUCCUGGAGGAGUUCUGCUCCGCUGCCUCCAAGAACCUGCACAUCCAGAUCGACAGCCACUCUCUGGAUGUUGAACCAGCCGAUCAGGCCGAUCCCUGCAAGUUCCUGGCCUGCGACGAGUUUUCCCGCUGCGUGGUGAACGGCCGGACGAAGGAGGCUCAGUGUGUGUGUGAGCCGGGCUUCCUGUCGGUGGACGGCCUGCCCUGUCAGAGCCUGUGUGUCCUGCAGCCGGACUACUGCCGAGGAGGAGAGUGUCACAUAGUUCCCGGACACGGAGUCCUGUGCAGACCCGAUGAAACCGGACUCAGCUGCGGGAACUCUGGACUCGUCAAGCCUGCACUGUAAAAAUCCAAAAUGAUGCUGAGCUGAAGAGACUUGAAGACAAACCCGUUCACUCCCAAA